UAACAUUUGAAAAUGCUAAAUUUGUAGAUAAGGAUCUAACUAUACCAUUUGAUGAAACAUUAGCCAUUGACAAUAAAAACUUUUGUGAAGAAAGGUUAAUAAUUUUUGAACAAAGAAUUGUUUACAAAAAAUUACAUGAAACAUAUAAGAAAGCUCUUUUAAAAAUUUUGCAAACAAAUUUUCGAUCACAUCAACUAAUUAAUUUACUUCAAGAGUUUAUUGAUAAUAAAGAUAAUGAUGAGCAUUUAGAUUUAGAAGAUGAAUUUCAAGAAGGUGAUAAUACUAUUGAUAAGAAAAAUGAAUCUCUAGCAUUAUUAUUGCAAAAUCUAAAGUAA